AUGUUCUUCCUCAAAGAAGAGGCCAAGGUGAUCACCUUGCACCCUUCUUACUUCGGACCCAAUAUGCGCGAGUACCUUAUUACCCGACUCAAUGAGGAGGAGGAAGGUCGGUGUACGGGAGACCACUUCGUGAUCUGUGUGAUGGAUAUGGUUGAUAUUGGCGAGGGCCGAGUCAUACCCUCCAGCGGCCACGCUGAAUACACAAUCAAAUAUCGCGCAAUCAUCUGGAAACCAUUCCGAGGAGAGACUGUCGACGCUAUCGUCACCUCCGUGAAGCCCACGGGCAUUUUCACAUUGGCCGGUCCUUUAUCUGUCUUCAUUGCCCGCAAAAACAUUCCCUCCGACAUCAAGUGGGAGCCUAACACCGUACCCCCCCAAUACACUGACCACGCAGACCAGGUGAUCGAGAAAGGUACAAGUUUGCGACUCAAGAUUCUCGGUGUGAAGCCAGAUGUGGCUGCAAUCAAUGCGAUUGGCACAAUUAAGGAGGAUUAUCUUGGGCCCCUGUAA